AAGUUGUCGAAUACAGAACUAAGUGAUUGCCAGCGUGGCGAAGAUGGAUAUCGACGCUGGCACAAUUCUCCCUCGGGGUGAGCUCAUCAAGACCAUCGUCGCCGCCGAGCCCACUGCAGCAGCAGACGCACGGCAGAGCGAGGAUAUCAUCGAAAGCGACGACGACGAUGGGCCGCGGCUCGAAUACAUAACACAGCUGGAGAUGAGCUGCGACAACAAGCAGCUAGCGGCAGCGCUUUCGUCCCUUGAGAUUAAUCUCUAUUCGGUGGAAACGAUGGCCCUAGCAGGGAAGGUGAAGGGCCACACGGGCCCCCUUACGCAGCUGGCGUUCGCUCCAUCCGACCCGAGCUGCUUUUUUUCGGCAUCGGAGGACGGGACUGUCAGGGGAUGGGACACUCGAUCUCUGGCGACGACAAUCACCCUGGGAGAUUCGGAAGAGGAAGAGGAGGUCUACAGCAUGGCGCUGGGAUACGACGGUCGAUUGUGCGCCACCGGCAAAGACUGUUUGAUCGAGUUCUACGACUUGCGGAAGGCAGGGAAGCCACUAGGGUCGUACUCAGAGUGCCACACGGACGCAGUAACUCAGGUCCGGUUCCACCCUCACAAGCGCUCCUUCAUGCUCACCGGCUCUGAGGACGGGCUCAUGUGCUUCUUCGACACCGAGGUCUCGCUCGAAGAGGACGCGCUCGACUCUGUCAUGAACGCGGAGUGCCCCGUGCGCAGCGUGGGUUUCUUCGGCCCGGAGGGAGAGGGGGUAUACUGCUGCACCAACACGGAGAGCCUGUCUCUCUGGCAUGCCGCAGGAGCGCAGAGGAUAAAGGACUUCGGCGACGUCCGUGCCUUGGCGAGGGGAGAAAAUCCUGCUGAAGCCGACGUUGGUGCUGGCGACGGUGCUACUGCUGCUGCUGUUCCCCGGGAGGGCGGAGGGUUGGUAGCGGCAGCACGGGCUGCGGCGGCGGCGGCCGCGGCAGGCGAGGAUUGGGGUGUUGCGGUGGACUGCAUAGUGAACUGCCAGUACGACGCAGCCGCUGAUCGUCUGCGGCUAGUGACGAGUAGUUACGCAGGCGCAGCGUGCCUGGCGACUGUGUCUCCAGAAGGUAUCACUCCGGACGCCAUUUUGGAAGGGGGCCACGCGGAGCAGAUCCGCACCUUCCAGUGGAUGGGACGGGCGAUGGCCACCGGCGGCGAGGAUGCCAGAAUCUGCUCGUGGCGUCUGCCCGGGGGUGGAGAAGACGGCAGCAACGACAAACACGACGACGAUGACGCCAUGGACGAUGACAGAUGACGUAGAAGGUAGCACCACCGUUAGUAGACUACCCCCUGAGAAGCUCCGUUUUUCAAGACGCCAAAAACGCCCCCCAGGAGCUGCACCCCUACAACCGUUAUGUUGUGUUGGUAUAACUGUUGAAGAUCAUGUGCCUUAGUCUGUUGCGGGGGAAGCACCGAGCGUUGUACUUGUCCGUUGUUACCCCCUAGGGGGUGUUCCUCGACGGCAGCAUAUUCUCCGUUGACAAUGGUAACGGUGGUGCUGUUGGUGUUGUCGAUCUCGGCCUCUGGACGGUCACCAACCCCUCCCUUUCGUCCUGUCCUCGGGUGCCUUCCCCCCUCUGUCGCAGGGGUGUGCGGUUGUUGUGAAAGUGAGUGUUGAAGAGAUGGCCUGCGGUGUGAUGUGAGGGUACCCGUUUCGGAUGUCCGUCAUGGGUGAUGAUUAGAAUGAUGGAAAAGAGGGGACGCGGAUACUUGAUCAUCACUGGCAGGGUUGCCGGCUCGCCUCUCAUUAGGGGACACGUGUCGUAGACGUACUAUGGUGCUUGCUUACGACGAGGGAUCCCUGAGGGAGGCAGAGAUAUAGCGUGCACUUCCAUCUUCUGUGUUAUGGCGUUGAAGUCUGACGAGCAGAGGAAGCCUCUCAGAGAAGCGCGUUUGAUUUGACCGGCGGAGGUUUCUUCCUGAGGUGCGGAACACAAAAAAACG